ACAUUUAUCACUGUUGAAAACCCAGUUGCGCCACCGGGUGACCGUGUCUUACUCUCUCAGAGGGUUCUGUUCAUCCAUGCGUCUCUCUCUCUCUAACACAACUACCUCCUACCUAUCUACCCUCCACACUCUUUCAAUGCUUGCCUCCCUUAUUUAUAACUCACCUUCACCCCUUUUCAACCUACAGUUACAUCUUAAGACCUUAAUUUGAAAACGUCCCUGUUCUGUUUUUCGUUUUUCACUUUUGUUUUUACAUAAUCACAAACUAUCUCUAUCUAUUGGAGAAAUAUGGCACCCUCUUUCGAUCAAAGUGCUAACACAGUUUGCGUUAUGGACGCUUCGGGCCAAUUAGGAACCAGUCUUGUCCAGCGACUACUUCAAAGGGGAUACACCGUCCAUGCCUCUGCUCAAUCCCAUGGAAUAGAGCAAUUCAAUGGGAUUUCUGCUGACCCCAAUAAACUCAAGAUUUUUCGUUCCGACCCUUUUGAUUACCAUAGCAUAACGGAUGCUCUUAGAGGUUGCUCUGGUUUGUUCUAUACAUUUGAACCACCUCAAGACCAACCCAACUAUGAUGAAUACAUCGCAGACGUAGAAGUCAGAGCUGCGCACAAUGUGCUUGAAGCUUGUGCUCAAACAGAAACUAUAGAUAAAGUGGUUUUCACUUCCUCCGCAACUGCUGUUGUUUGGAGAGAGGAUCGCAAGUCCAUGGAAUCGGACUUAGAUGAAAGACAUUGGAGUGAUGCAAAUUUGUGUCGUAAGUUCAAGUUAUGGCACGGGAUGUCAAAGACGCUGGCGGAGAGGACAGCGUGGGCCCUAGCAAUGGACAGGGGAGUGACCAUGGUGUCCAUCAACGCAGGGUUAUUGAUGGGUCACGAUGAUCUCUUCUGCGUCAAGAACCCGUACCUCAGAGGAGCUGCGGAAAUGUACGAAGAUGGUGUCUUAGUUACCGUAGAUUUAGGAAUCUUAGUGGACACCCACAUUUGUGUCUACGAAGAUGUCUCCUCCUACGGUCGUUACUUGUGCUUCAACCACGUCAUCAACACCCACGACGACGCCGUUCGCCUCGCCCGCAAGUCCCUGCCCACACCUCCUUCCAUGCCUCUAAGCUGUGACCAAGGGAAGUCUCUUAUCCAGCAAAGAAUAAGCAACAAGAAAUUGAACAAACUAAUGGUGAAUUUUGCGGGUUGAGUGCGAUGGUCAAUUGGUCUCCAUAUGAAAGGGAAGUAAGGGAACCGCGACAUGUCAUUUGGUCUUCCGCGCGCGGCGAAACUAUUGUGGUGUUAGCUGUAUAGUCGCGACAUGUAACAAUUACUAAAAUAUAUUUUAUUAAAAUUAAAGAACUAUUUUUGUCCCUUAUUAAAUAUUAGCAACUCAAAAUAAUAUGAAACCAGACAAAAGAUAUUAUCAUGUGCAUUUCUUAGAUUCUCUUGGUGAUAAAUAUGUUUUGG